GGCGGCCUGUCCCUCCAUCCCUCCCUCCGACCUUCCUUCCUUCCUGCGGAGAGGCAUGAUGGCGGCGCCCAGGCUCCUCCGAGGAGCAGCGGCAGUCCUCCCCAGACUUUGCAGCUUGGGCGCUUGGACCAAGACUCCUCCCACCCUUCAGAGGAUUUAUACGACUCUUCCAGCAACAAGUCCAGAAGAAGCUCCCACUGUUGAUUAUGACAGGCUCCUAGGGGAGCCCCUGAAAAACCCUGAUUUCUUCAACGUGCGAGAGCUCUUCUCCUUAAGGGACCUCUUUGAUGCCAGAGUCCACCUGGGCCACAAGAAGGGUUGCCGUCACAGAUUCAUGGAGCCAUACAUUUUUGGGUGCCGCCUCGAUCAGGACAUCAUCAACCUGGAGCAGACGAUGGUACACCUCCAGCAGGCUCUCAACUUCAUGGCUCACGUCGCCUACCGCAAAGGCAUAAUCCUCUUCAUCAGCCGGAACCGUCAGUUUUCCCACCGGAUAGAAGCCACCGCCAAGGAAUGCGGCGAAUAUGCUCACACUCGCUACUGGCAGGGUGGCCUGAUGACCAAUGCCGAUGUCCAGUAUGGGCUGGGUGUCCGCCUGCCUGAUCUCAUCAUCCUCACCAACACCCUCACCAAUGUCUUCGAGCCCCACAUGGCCAUCCGGGACGCAGCUAAGAUGAACAUCCCCACGGUGGGCGUGGUAGACACGAACUGCAACCCAACCCUGAUCACCUACCCCAUUCCGGGUAAUGACGACACCCCCUCGGCUGUCGAGCUCUACCUCCGGCUCUUCAAGAUGACCAUCAUGAGAGCGAAGGACAAGCGGAGGCAGAUGGAGGUCUUGUGCAGAGGGCAGGACAAGCCUUGCUAAGGAGGCCGGAGCGGCUUGGUGGGAAACCAUCCUCCCCCUACUCCUGAAAAAUUCACUAGUUGGUCCCAGGUGCAAAAUCUGUCAGACUGUCUUGGCUACAGGCAACUGAGCCACAUUCACAGCAUGUGUUUAAAACACCACGGUACCAUUUUAGAGCCAUGGUUUCUCAAAAGAAUCCUAGGAACUGUGGUUUGUUAAGACUGCUGAGAGUUGCUAGGAGGCUCCCUAUUCCCCUCCCAGAGCUACAAUUUGCAGAGUGGUUUAACAGUCAAUCCCUCUUCCCAGGGAGGUCUGGAAAUUAUAGCUCUGUGGGAGGGAAGAGGGGUCUCCUAACUCUCAGCACCCUGAACAAGCUAAAGUUCCCAGGAUGCUCUGAGUAAAUCCAUGACUGUUUGAAGGGGUAUCACAACACUUCAGACAUCUGGUGUGAAUGUGGCUUGUGUUAGGUCCUGUCCAUACAUUUCAAAGCAUUCUUCACACCACUUCAAACAGCUGCGACUUCCCCCAAAGAAUCCUGAGAACUGUAGUGUGUUCAGAUUGCUGUGAGUUAAAAAGAGACCAUGCUGUUCCCCCUCCCAGAACUAUAAUUCUCAAGCUUUCCCUGUGAACAAGGAUUUAUUGUUAAAUCACUCUGGGUAUUGUAGUUCUGAAUAGGGUGGAGGGUGUCUGCUAACAGCUCUCAGCACCCUUAACACACUAUAGCUUUCAGGAUUCUUUUGGGGGAAGCCAUGAAUGUUCAGAGUGGUAAGAGAUUGCUUUAAUUGUGUGUUUUAAGCAUGGCCUCAGGUUGUUCAAAGCAUGCUUGCAAGAAAGCAAACAGAUGUAUACCACGUAUAACUCUGAGGCUAUUUUCCCAGGAAACUUCCACCUAGAGUGCAAUAACUUUCCUUCAACCCCACAAGAUGUGCCAUUCCGCCUCGCCUUUGCUGUAUGUCUUGACCAGGCUUCCUCAACCUCGGCCCUCCAGAUUUUUUGAGAGUACAAUUCCCAUCAUCCCUGACCACUGGUCCUGCUAGCUAGGGAUCAUGGGAGUUGUAAGCCAAAAACAUCUGGAGGGCCGACGUUGAGGAAGCCUGGUCUUGACUGUCGCAUCAUCAGUUUUAAAGCAACAACAGCUCUGAAGUAGGACGUGUAUCUGAAAAAGUUAAUUGUGGGAAAAGGAUAGCUUACAGCAUUUCCUAAGACAGCAGGAGUGGGAAACAUCUGGGGCCAUGCAGGUGCUUCUGA